AGUUUACAAUAGUAUUUCAUUGAGUUAAUCCGUUUCUCUUGGAAACAUAUAAAUUAUUUAAUUUUUUUUGUGUUCAAUUUUUUUUUUUUUCUUGUUCAUUGUUUUGAAAAACUAAAUCAUGGCCAAAAAGCCUUUCAACUUUAAAGAGAUGCCAUCGGAGGUGCCUCCUCCACCACCGCAGCGCGGUAUCAAGUUGGAUAAUGAAAAGCAGACCGUUGCAGAGGCACUUAACUUUAUGAAGAUAUCAUGCGAACGUCCUCCACAGGAACGAAAGCCGAAAAUCCAAACUGAACAGGGUCCAACAGUGGCAGACGAAUUGAAUGCCCGCUUGGGCAUGGUUCAUGUCCGUUCGGAUCACGCGAAACGGAUCAAGCGUCUUGUCAAAUGGCCCGUUCAGGAACAGCAGGCAAUGUACAAGUUCUAUUGCGUGUGCCCACGCUAUCAUCCCUGCUAUGUGCCCUGCCAGCAUACCGGACAGAUAAUCAUUGAUCGCGAUGUCCUGUCGAGGGAGGAGCACAUUUGUUUUCUGGCCACACCCAAGAAGGAUCUGUCGUCACAGCAAGUCCAUAAGCCACCCAAGUAUUUCACAAAGAAAAUCUAUGUGCCAACUUGUACGGCUCGCGUGGAACGAUUAGCCGAUCCUCAUCCCCAGCGUGUCAAGGAUACGUAUAAAAAUUAUAGGAACCUUCUCUCGCCCCGUCAAGUGACCGCAUUGCAGAAUCAAAUGAAACCCAAGCCGCCAGUCGAGGUGAUGACCAUGGAUAAGGCCAUGGAGUAUUUGGAGGAGGAGCAACGAUUGCGUCGUGUUGCCAAGCAAUUGCAUCGCAGACGUUGCAAGAGUUUGAAGAAGCGCAUUCUACUGCGUCAGCGCAAACAGAUGCAAAAGAUUGUCUGUGUGCUGUUCGAGGAGAUGAAGGAUUUCUUACUCAAUGAUCAGUUUAUCAUUGAUGAAAACUCACCCCUAUGUGCAGUUAUUUUGGAGCGUAUCAAGGACUUUACUGAUCAAGAAUUCUAUACGACAAGCAAUUUGCGUGAAUACCAACGCAUUUUGGCCAACAAUCUGACCGUUUGGAUCAACAAAUUCAUUUCGAAUUUGAACAUUUACUUGGCACCUCAACAAUUGCCCGUCCAGCGUCCCAUUAUGCAUCAAGAAGAUCCCGAACAAUUUGUGCCCCUAUCCGAUUAUAUUUCCAUGUCCGAAGGCAUGGAAGAGGAAAUGCAAGAAGACUAUGAUCAAGGACUACAAGAGUAUGAGGACUAUGACAUGUUUCCCGAUGAGGGUGAAUAUUUGCCCGAUAUUCUAGCCGGUGGCGAUGGAGUGCCCUCGGAGGAAACCUUGAUCAACUAGCAAGAUACAAACUUACCCUUCAAUUGAGACCAAGUGAGCUCCUUAAAGACACUAUUGCUUUGCAAUUUGGCGCCAUGAUUCUUCAAUAUGUCCACCGGCAUGGCACGGAAGAGAAAAUGUAGAAAAUUCUGUAAUUUGUAAUUUUAAUUUUGUUUAGCAAAUUUCAUGUGUAAAAUCGAAAUCGAAAGUAAACAUCUCUCAGCCUCAUAAUAGGCCUUAUAUGUA